GACACUGUGAAAACCGUCUGCCAUGAGAACAGGAACAAACAGGCCCUCCCUGAAACAGAUAUGGCCCAGGUCCAGGCCCUGGUCCUAUUCUCAUCGCUGCUGACCCUCUGUGACUCUAAAGGGAGCCCCGUGGUGUGGGUGCGAGUCCAAAUAGAGGCCCCCAAACUCCCAUCCCUCUCCCUCUCAGUUCACUGUGGGGUCUUAGGAACCAAUGUCAUCUCUCUGGUAACCGUGAGUUGGGAAGGAUUUGUUGAUGCCCGAAUGACCAAACUAGCCGUGUUACAUCCAGAACUUGGCUCCCAAAAGUGGGCCCCUGCCUCCCAGGUCCGCUGGGAAACCUUAAAUAGCAUCUCUCUCACUCUGACCCUGGAACAAUCCAAGGCAAGAAACUUUCUGGCCAAUACCUCAUUCUGCUGUGAGUUCGUUACCUUCCCUCAGGGUUCCAGAGUUGCCUGUGGAGACCUGAAUAGCUCAGAUCCAGGACUCUCUACCCCAACUCCAGGCCCCAUUCUUCAAGGAGACCUGACCAGGAUCUUGGGAACCUUGGGGAUUCUCUUAUUUGGUUUCAUUUUUAUACUCUGUCUCCUGUGGCGGCAGAAGCGUUGGUGUUUCAGUAACUCUCAGCCAUACUCCACCAGCACCCAGGCACAGAUGCAAACGCAGCUUCCCUGGUUGGCCUCUGCGCGUGGCAGCUUCAUCUCCACUGAGAAUGGACUGUAUGCUCUGACCAGAGAAAAUCUUCCCCACCCUGUUCCUGACAUCCUUGGUGCCACCGACUGUCUGGAAUACAGUACCCUGUGCUCGGGAACCCAAUGACAGGCACCUUAGUCCCCUCCAAGCCUUUGGAAGAUCCUUUUGCUGAUGUCUUUAUCCUGGACACAGGCCUCUUCAUAAAUCUUGUUUUAUUUUUUGGCCUCUGAUAAGAGCACAUCCUGCUAGCUAGGAUGUGGUCAGUGUGUGCACAUAUAUGACCCAGGUGUGGGUGGAGGUUAUGGUAAAGGCCCAGUUACAUCCUGUCUUGUACAUAUUUCCAACC